CGCUCCCGCUCGGCUCCGCUCGUCCCGGCGGCCGGGAGCGCAGGCAGCGGCCGGGGCUGCCUGGGUCAGCGCCUCCCGCCCUCCCGCCGCCGCCCGGCCGGCCGCACGCGCAGCGCGAGGCCCGGGCCCGGAGCGGGGACGCGGAGUCCCCGGCGCCGGGAGGGGCUGCGGGCGGUGGGUAGCGGCGCGCGGGGAGGGGCCGCAGCAUCCUCUGUCCCGCGGCGCCGGGGCCGGGCGAGGAGGGGGCCGGGCUCCCGGACGCCCGCCGCUCGGCCUGCUGCUGGAGGGGCGCAGGUGAGUGAGGAUGGCAGAGAGCACAUGACCCGCACGGACCCUUCUCUGCCCACCGAGUGGCACCACCAUGCAGAAGCCCAGCGGCCUGAAGCCCCCCGGCCGCGGGGGGAAGCACUCAAGCCCCAUGGGCCGGACGUCCACUGGAUCGACCUCGGCCUCUGCCACUGUGGCAGCCACCGGCUCCAAGGAAGCAAGAGCAGUCAGCACUUGCUCACUGGUGUGGCCCAGGCUCCGUCCCUAGGGCUUUGUGUCCGUCACUGCUCAGCAGCCGCACGACGGAGGGCAGGCUCCCCCCUGCACAAGCAGGCCUCGGGCCCCCCGGCCGCGGCCCCCGCCGCCCCCGAGAAGCCCGGCGCCAAGGCGGCCGAGGUGGGCGACGAGUUCGUGGGGGACUUCGUGGUGGGCGAGCGCGUGUGGGUGAACGGCGUGAAGCCGGGCGUGGUGCAGUACCUGGGCGAGACGCAGUUCGCGCCGGGCCAGUGGGCGGGCGUGGUGCUGGACGAGCCGGUGGGCAAGAACGACGGCGCCGUGGGCGGCGUGCGCUACUUCGAGUGCCCGGCCCUGCAGGGCAUCUUCACGCGGCCCUCCAAGCUGACCCGGCAGCCGGCGGCCGAGGGCUCGGGCAGCGACGCCCACUCGGUCGAGUCGCUGACCGCCCAGAACCUGUCGCUGCACUCGGGCACGGCCACGCCUCCGCUGACCAGCCGCGUCAUCCCCCUGCGGGAGAGCGUCCUCAACAGCUCGGUCAAGACCGGCAACGAGUCGGGCUCCAACCUCUCGGACAGCGGCUCCGUGAAGCGGGGCGACAAGGACCUGCGCCUGGGAGACCGCGUGCUGGUUGGUGGGACGAAGACCGGCGUGGUGCGGUACGUGGGGGAGACAGACUUUGCCAAGGGCGAGUGGUGUGGCGUGGAGCUGGACGAACCUCUUGGGAAGAACGAUGGGGCAGUGGCAGGCACCAGGUACUUCCAGUGCCCACCCAAGUUUGGUCUCUUUGCGCCCAUCCACAAGGUAAUCCGCAUCGGCUUCCCGUCCACCAGCCCGGCCAAGGCCAAGAAGACCAAGCGCAUGGCCAUGGGCGUCUCAGCACUGACCCACAGUCCCAGCAGUUCCUCCAUCAGCUCUGUCAGCUCUGUGGCCUCUUCCGUGGGUGGCCGGCCCAGCCGCAGUGGCCUGCUCACGGAGACCUCUUCACGCUACGCCCGCAAGAUCUCGGGCACGACUGCCUUGCAAGAGGCGCUGAAGGAGAAGCAGCAGCACAUCGAGCAGUUGCUGGCUGAACGGGACCUGGAGCGGGCCGAGGUGGCCAAGGCCACGAGCCACAUCUGCGAGGUGGAGAAGGAGAUCGCCCUGCUCAAGGCGCAGCAUGAGCAGUAUGUUGCAGAGGCAGAGGAGAAGCUGCAGCGGGCCCGGCUGCUGGUGGAGAGCGUGCGGAAAGAGAAGGUGGACCUGUCCAACCAGCUGGAGGAGGAGAGGAGGAAGGUGGAGGACCUGCAGUUCCGAGUGGAGGAGGAGUCCAUCACCAAGGGAGACCUAGAGCUGACUACAGUGGCCGAGAAGUCGCGGGUGCUGCAGCUGGAGGAGGAGCUGAGCCUGCGGCGCGGGGAGAUCGAGGAGCUGCAGCAGUGCCUGCUCCACUCCGGCCCGCCGCCCGCCGACCACCCCGAGGCUGCCGAGACCCUGCGGCUGCGGGAGCGGCUGCUGUCGGCCAGCAAGGAGCACCAGAGGGAGAGCGGCCUGUUGAGGGACAAGUACGAGAAGGCCCUGAGGGCCUACCAGGCGGAGGUGGAGAAGCUGCGGGCGGCCAACGAGAAGUACGCGCAGGAGGUGGUGGACCUCAAGGCCAAGGUCCAGCAGGCCACCAGCGAGAACAUGGGACUCAUGGACAACUGGAAGUCCAAGCUGGACUCGCUGGCCUUGGACCACCAGAAGUCCCUGGAGGACCUCAAGGCCACCCUGAACUCGGGCCCGGGCGCACAGCAGAAGGAGAUCGGGGAGCUGAAGGCCGUGAUGGAGGGCAUCAAGAUGGAGCACCAGCUGCAGCUGGGCAACCUGAGGGCCAAGCACGACAUCGAGACGGCCGUGCACGUGAAGGAGAAGGAGGGCCUGCGGCAGAAGCUGCAGGAGGCCCAGGAGGAGCUGGCCGGGCUGCAGCAGCACUGGCGGGCCCAGCUGGAGGUGCAGGCCAGCCAGCACCGGCUGGCGCUGCAGGAGGCCCGGGACCAGUGCCGCGACGCCGAGCUGCGGGUGCGCGAGCUGGAGAAGCUGGACGUGGAGUACCGGGGCCAGGCGCAGGCCAUCGAGUUCCUCAAGGAGCAGAUCUCCCUGGCCGAGAAGAAGAUGCUGGACUACGAGCUGCUGCAGCGCUCGGAGGCCCAGAGCAGGCAGGAGGCUGAGAGGCUGCGGGAGAAGCUUCUGGUCGCUGAAAACAGACUCCAGGCUGUCGAGUCCCUGUGUUCGGCCCAGCACACCAACGUGAUUGAAUCCAACGACAUUUCAGGGGAGAAGAUCAGGAUGAAGGAGACCAUGGAGGGCCUGCAGGACAAGCUGAACAAGAGGGACAAAGAGGUGACAGCCUUAACAUCCCAGACGGAGAUGCUCAGGGCCCAAGUAAGUGCACUCGAGAACAAGUGCAGGUUGGGAGAGAAGAAGGUGGACACCCUCCAGAAGGAGAAGCGGCGCUUGGAGACGGAGCUGGAGGCCCUGUCCCGGAAGACCCACGACGCCUCGGGCCAGCUGGUUCUCAUCAGCCAGGAGCUGCUCAGGAAGGAGCGGAGCCUGAACGAACUGCGGGUGUUGCUGCUGGAGGCCAAUCGCCACUCCCCGGGGCCCGAGAGGGACCUGAGCCGCGAGGUCCACAAGGCCGAGUGGCGGAUCAAGGAGCAGAAACUCAAGGAUGACAUCCGGGGCCUGCGGGAAAAGCUGACCGGGCUGGACAAAGAGAAGUCCCUGUCGGAUCAGAGGCGCUACUCCCUCAUUGACCCAUCCUCGUCCCCAGCGUCAGAGCUCCUGCGGCUGCAGCAGCAGCUGAUGAGCACGGAGGAUGCUCUGCGGGAUGCGCUGGACCAGGCUCAGCAGGUGGAGAGGCUCAUGGAGGCCAUGAGGAGCUGCCCCGAGAAGUCCCAGGCUGUCGGCAAUUCCGGUUCUGCAAACGGCAUCCACCAGCAAGACAAGGCCCACAAACAAGAGGACAAGCACUGACCCUGAGGGACGCCGUGGAGCCACCCAGUCCACACCAGAGCCCCUCCAGCCUGCCCCGGCGGCACCCCCUCCAGGCAGGGGCCAGGACUGUCGCUUUGGAGACGAGACCAGUGUUUGUAACAAUGACAUACCCGCCGCCGUGGACAAUCCCCUAUCCUGACCCCCCUGCCGGACCAGGAGGCUUCCUCAAGCACGACUUUCUACGGAGAGCGGUAUAGCCCCAGCCUGGCCCCCGGGACCUUCAGGCUGGAUACCUCGGAUGCCCCGGCAGCUUCUGGAGUUGGCUUAAGGGAGGCCGAGGCCAUCCGGCCAGAUGCCUCUUCCCAGGAGGAGCCGCCCUGAGGACCAUCUUGGCCCCCUGGCCGUGCCCCUGCCCUGCCUUUCUGCCCCUCCUUCUCCUGGGUCCCUCUCGGACCCCAGAGAGCCACUGUCCGGGGCGGGGCCAGAGGACGGCCCCAGCUUCUCCUUCCGGCACCAGGGAGGGAAGGCCGGCCGGCACCAGGGAGGGAAGGCCGGCCGGCACCAGGGAGGGAAGGCCGGCCGCUAAGAGCCGAGUGGCGGCCCCCUUUUCUGAAGCCGCUUCCAGGCCAAGGCUCUCCCCAGGGCUUCUUGUCCCCACGUGCCGAGCCUCUUUCACACGGUGGUACAAGUUCCCCUCAGCCAGUCUGCGCAGGGAGGCCCCAGGUUCCGAGUGCUGGGGGGCGGGGCCCUGCAUUCCCACCCUGACCCCAGCGCGCACACAGCUCCGAGCUGCUGGCCGGAGGGCAGUCGCCAAGGCCAGGAGCCGCAGUGUUAAGAAAGUUUGGAAGCCCCUCUCCUUCCCACACUCCCUACCCCCAGUGACCUGGCUCGGCGGGGCGGCCCUAGGGGGGACCGGGACCAGGGCUCUGGGUAUGUUUCGACUGGUCAGUAAUAUGCUGUCCCCUGGGUUCACGUGAUGUUCUGAAACCGGCCUCCCACCUGCAGAUUCACCCAUGCAGACCCUGACUUACACCCGGUGACCCCGGCACAUGCACACUCAGAGGGGUCCUGCGUGCACACGUGCCGUGUGGGUGGGACGUUUGCCGUCAGCCACGCUCAGACCACCCGGAUGCGCACCCUCGGGUUCUAGGACCAAGCCCAGGCCUGGCAGGGCCGUGACCACAUACACUGCAAAUGCCCCUGCCAGCUCUCCGUGCACAGACACAGCCAGGUGCCCGGGGCUGAGCCUUCAGCGAGGUGUGGCCACACAGCCGCAUCAGAACACACAUCCCAACAGCCCCCUUUCCAUGGUCCAGGGCAUUUGCCUGGAGCUUUUUAAGCCCUGUCUCCUGUAGCCAAGAAAAGAACCCAAGGAAGAUUGGGGGAGAAAAAUCGUCCCGCCUCCCCCGCUUCCCCUCAAGCCCUGCCAAGUUACCCCAGCCUUGCGCCUGGUGGGAAAAGCCAGCGUCUGCCCGAAGCCCCCACGUCUAGCGCUGGAGGGCCCACGGGCGACUGCCCUGCACUGCGGGGUCUCGUGGAGGGCCUGCCCCUCCUCCGCCAGCUCAGGGAGAGUGCUCAUGGGGGCCUUUCCCGCGGGGGGCCGCAGGGGGCGUCUGAGGGCCCAUCGCUGCAUUCCUCAGCUGCACCGGCACAGGUGUGCCGUUGGUGCCCUGGGAGCAGCCCAGGCAGCCUCUGAGCGCUCCUGGGUGCAGGUGGGUGGCGUCCGCCUCCCUCCCCCGAAGCAGCCCAUCCUGGGGGCGGCCAGUGAGCCCCGUCGGCCCCCUUCCCUCUCCCCGUUGGCUUUCGGUAGCUUUUGCAUGCGGUUUUAUUAACAGCGGUCUAAAAGCAACGCUGUAGUGGCUUAACCCAGAGUCCAAUACUACUCUUUCCAGCAAAAUCAGGCAGCCGUCCUGCCCCACUGGAGGCACUGAUUAGUCUACGAACAGCCAAAAGCCCACACCAGGAGGGGCUGAGCCCCCCGGGGCGGGCUGGCAGGUGGCAAGCGCUUUCCCUGUGAGCACCUGCACCUGCCCAGUGUGCGCUCAGCCAUGCCCCCUCCCCAAGUCCUCCCACACCCUUCCUUUCCCUUCCCCGAAGUGGAAUUGUUGACGUGUGGCGAGUCUGUGCUCGAGACAAUAAAGCUUGUGACUGAGG